AUGUCACGCCCCAACGUUCUCAGAUACGGCAGUCGACAAGCCUAUGGCCGAUUACUACAGCAAUGGAUCGAAUCUCCAGAAUCUGACCCGUCUGUGGCCGAAUGUCCAAUUCUAUCUUCUACGCUAAAAUUCAAGGAUCUCAAGAAGUCCAAGCAACUGGAAAUAGAUAUGGACACGAGCCCUUAUAUUCCCAUCCAGAUUGAACUCGAAUUUGCAGAACUCGACAUCAUGGGACCGACGGGCGGGGCGUGGGAAAGGGUUGCCAUAGAUCAACCUGAUGCUUCGCCAGACACUGAAUACCCAGACAUUCAUACGUGGGAAGGGCACAUUGCGCCUGGGGUCUUAAUAGUUGAGGAAAUUAAGAAAGCACCGGGUUUCUUCAUGUCAGAAGUCUGUCACGCCAUUUACCAGGAGCACUUCCCGAUCGAUACCUUGAAGUCUGUCUAUUUUAUCGACGUGUGCAAUAAGGAUACCCGUUCGUUUGUGAUGAAUGAGCUCUACAGCGAAUCCAAUGGCCUUGCUUGGCCAGAUGAUAAGAUACGAGAUUGGAUACCUGGAACCGCGGAAUUCGAGGCGCUGCUAGGGACAACACUUGGACGGACUAUGGCACGUUUGAUCUUGGGGGCCUUCAAACGUGGGACUCGGCGAGUCUCACGAAUCAGGACCUUUCAUUCAUUUGAUACAUUGCAGAUGCAGUUUUCCAUUGAGGUUGAGCAGACUGAUCCCACUGGUACCAAGAUCGAACCCGAUUCGGAUCGUAGUACGGGCCCUGAGACAAGGUCAGCAUCGCGCCGGAAAAAUCUCGAAUCGAAGAAGCACAAGCUGGACUUGGCUGAGACUAGACCGACGAAAAUUCGGAGAACAGCCCCCUAA